UUUUUAGGGUUCCUAAUUCUUCAUCAAUUUCCUCUUCUUCUCUUUUAUUUAUUUGUGUAACCUAUGAUAGAAUAUUUUUGCAUAUAUAUAUGGGCUGUGAUGCAUUUAUAGGCGGUGAUAUGUGUGUGUGUGUGUGUGUGUGUGUAAUUUGAACUGCUUUUUCUGUCGUUGUUGUUUCCGUUUUAGAGAGAGAGAGAGAGAGAGAGAGAGAGAGAGAAUUUCACAUUCUGAAACCUGAAUUGGAUGUUGAUCCAGAUUUAAAUCCUCCUUUUGAUGCUAGGAGAUGGGUAUUAACUAAACUAAGAUUUUGAGGCCUAAGAGGAUGAAUUUCCAAUUUGUUGAAGAAGGCAAAUGGGCAAAAGAGGCCGAGCAUUUUAAAAUUUAAGAGUGAAUUUGGAGAAGCACACGUGAAAGAGGAGAAGGUGAAUUAGUGAUAUUAAUCCAAAUUUGAUAGAGGUAGCACAGAGAGUUAUAACCGAAGAAAAACCGGACCCAAUUCCUGAUAUUGAGUGGUGGGAUUUGCCUCUUUUGUAAUCUGGUGCUUACGGUGACAUUACUGAUGAAACCAUGGUUGAAAAAUAAACUAAAGAUGGAGAAUAUUACUAUUUAUGUUGAACACCUCGCCCAGUUGAGUGAUGUUUGGCUAGGGAGAAAGAUAGGCAGGAGGUAAUUAGACAAGGCCUGAUUGAGCCUCCUAAACCAAAAGUUAAAAUGAGCAAUCUGAUGAAAGUAAAGUCCUUGGCUCUGAAGCAAACCCAAUAUCCAACUAGGCUUGAAAAGAGAAUCAGGAGUGAAGCUGCUGAACAUGUGCAAGCUCACAUAGAUAGGAAUAUUGCUCGCAAACUGACUCCUGCUGAGCACCGGGAAAAGAAAGAGAGAAAGCUUUUUGAUGAGCCGAAUACAUUGGAGGCCAUUGUAUCGGUUUAUAAGAUCAAUGACCUAUCACAUCCACAGACUUGCUUCAUAAUUGAUGUUAAUGCCCAAGAGAACCGCUUGUGUGGAUGUGCUGUGAUUUAUGAUGGUAUUGGUGUUGUUGUUGUUGAAGAUGGAAACAAGUCCAUAAAGAGGUAUGGAAAGCUUAUGCUUGAACUCAUAGAUUGGGCUUCUGCUGUAAAAGAGGAAGAUGAAGAUGAAAGUGACGAUAAACCUGCUAACAAGUGUGUCUUAGUAAGGCUAGGAUGUGUUGCCAAAUUGAGUGUCAAUAAAUUUACCUUUCACUAGUGCAUGACUGAAGCUGCUGCUUGGAAAAUAUUUGUUGAUGCUGGCAUUGGUCGUUGCUGGGAUCUUGCUGUUGACUUUUCAGAUGAUCAAACGUGAUAGAUUUUCUUAAUUUUAAGUGUUGGCACUAGCUACCUUUUAUGGCUUGUUUCUUUGGUAAACUGCUCGUGUAUAUGGUUUGCAUAAUCUUUGGCACUUUUAUAAAUUUCUUAUAAACAAAAAGCAAAAGAACAAAAAAAUGUCGACAUUCAUUCAAAGGAGCUAAAAAAUGUGUUUAACAUAGAAACUUCUGUUGGGGCUAGGGCAUUUGUGGUUAUCGUUUAUACACUUAUAUUCAAAGUCUUAGAGGCAUUUGUAAGUUGCAUUUAUUGUAAAGUGACCAUAAAAUAUUUUUUGAUAAUUCGAUAGUUGGGAGACAGGGGAUUUGAACAUUAGAUGUCUUUUUUGGAAAUGCUAGAAGGUGCCAAUCAGUUGAGUUACAAGACUCUUGGCAAAGUGACCAUAAAUUACUUUAGAACUCAAAAAAGAUAUUCGGGGCUAUUUUGAAAACCUUAUUUUAGCCUGGGGUGUAUAUGUUUUACGUUUCUUAUGCCUUCAAUAUACCAUGGCCUUUGAGACUCACAAGUAUCCUGUGAUGCACGUGUUUUAUGCUUCUUAUCUAGUAGUGGCAUGGACCUUUUAUUUUAACGCCUUCAUACUUUGGCCAUUGAGCCUUAUAAUUUUCCAUGAAGGCAUUAACUUAUCUAGUUAAUGCAUAGCCCUUUUCUUGUGUGGCUUAUGCCUUUGUCGGGCUACUACAGCAAGCCUUUGCUUAAAUGUUCAUGUUCAUUAAACAUUAAACAGUGAGAGUCAAGAAACCUACCGUGACUUAGCUACCAAUUAGCCUUAAAGAGUGUUAAAAUAAAACUCUUGACAGUAUUUGUAUGUUGAAUAGGUUGGCUUUUCACUGACGCUUUGUUUGUUUCAGCAAUAAUGUUUUGUAGAAAAUGAGUCAUUUUCCAAAAAAUGUUUUCUAUAAAAUUAUCUAAUUUUCCUAUAUUUGGUCAUAACCUUAAAUAAGUUGAAAAACAAUCUUUUAACUUUAUUUAGCUUAUUGUGUGAUAGAGUUGUUUUCCAAAAAAAAUUAGUGGAAAACAAUCUAUAAAAAUAAGUCAUACUUUUUAUGUUGACCAAAGAUAGUUUUCCUUUAACUCAUUUUUUCUAAUGCUAUCAAACACUGGAAAACAAAAAAAACUAUCUUUACAUAAUGUUUUCCAUUGAAAAAAAUGGAGUGUUAGCGGUUGUGUUAUUUGUGAUAAUUCAAUAGUUGGGAGAGGGGUUUUGAACCCUGGAUGUUUCCUUUGGAAACACCAAGAGGUGUGAACUAGUUGAGCUACAAGGCUCUUGGUACUUAUUGGUUGUGUUACGAGCGACCAACAUCAAUUUAACUAAUUAUUUAGUUGGUAUGCGUUGGGCCUAUCCAAGGAUGCUCAUGUUUUCUUGAAUUUUUAGAAUUUUGGAAUAUAGAA